AUGGCAGACUAUCUCAACAGCGGUGGCACUUGUUACGUUCCAGAUGAUGGGCUCACGGCGCAGCGACUCUUCAACUGCGGAGAUGGGUUCACGUGCAAUGACUCCCUUAUCCUCCCGGGCUAUAUAGACUUCUCAGCAGAUCAAGUAGCCCUAACUUCAGCACUUACCAAGAAGGCCAAUGAAGUGCGUAAAGUAAAGAAAUAUGAGCAGAGCUUCAUCACUGACCCUGUGGUCCUGAGCUCUAAAGAUCGAGUCAGAGAUGUGUUUGAAGCCAGGGCAAGGCAUGGCUUCUGUGGAAUCCCAAUCACAGACAAUGACAAGAUGGGCAGCCGCCUGGUGGGCAUCAUCUCCUUUCGUGACAUCGACUUUCUUAAGGAGGAGGAACAUGACUGUUUUCUGGGCGAGACCAUGACUAGGAGGGAGGAUCUAGUAGUGGCUCCUGCAGGAGUCACACUAAAGAAAGCCAAUGAAAUCUUGCAGCGGAGCAAGAAAGGGAAGCUCCCCAUUGUGAAUGAGGAUGACGAGCUAGUAGCCACCAUUGCCCGAACAGACCUGAAGAAGAAUCGGGACUACCCCCUGGCAUCCAAGGACACCAAGAAGCAGCUUCUGUGUGGGGCAGCCACCGGCACCCGUGAGAACGACAAGUAUCGGCUUGACUUGCUGGCCCAGGCUGGUGUCGAUGUGGUUGUGCUGGAUUCUUCUCAAGGAAACUCCAUUUUCCAAGUUAACAUGAUCAAGCACAUCAAGGAGAAAUACAACCACUCACAGGUUAUCGGUGGCAAUGUGGUGACAGCUGCACAGGCGAAAAAAUCUCAUUGA